UGACGCUGACUGGACUGUGUCUCUUUCCAAACAGUUGAAUCUUAUCAGCGCUCCUUCAUUUCACCUCAUUAACAGAGGCUGUCACGAGCUAUUGAUAUGUAAAUUGGACUGAACGGGCGGUUGUGUCAAGACAUACUCGGACGGAGUUUACUUGGGACUCAGUGCGCCUCGCUGCGGAACCUAUGUUUUUACUCUCUGCCUGGAUAAACGGAGCCAUCGACGUCGCCUCAAGUUUCUUGUUACCUUUAAACACCCCGCACACACCCCGCACCGCGUCUCGUGCUUGGAAUUGGGUUUAUCUCCAAAGGAUUUGUAAUCGGACGGAGAGUUCGUCUGGGGAAUUACGCGGGGAACAUUUUGGCACUGAGGAUGACAUGAGGGAGCCAACCUGGGAGUGUCCAGAGGUCCAAGCCCUCUCGUCUCUCCUCUUCUCCUCUCUUUCUGCCCACUACCCCUGUGUGUGUCGGUGAUGAGUUAGUGUGGGUGUGGGUGUCAGCCCCCCCCACCCCCACCCUCUCCUUGGAGCACCGUGUCUUGGAGACAGUGCUUCACUUACCCUGCUUACAUGAGCCAGCAGGAUGAGGCUGCGGUCCUCGCACUGUCCGAGCGCCUCCUCGUAGCCUCCCACAAGGGCCAGGCUGACAAUGUGGUCCAGCUCAUCAACAAGGGCGCCAAAGUAGCUGUCACCAAGUACGGCAGAAGUCCCCUGCACCUGGCUUCCUACAAGGGCCACAUCGAGGUUCUGCGCAUUCUGCUGAAGGCCGGCUGCGAUCUUGACAUCCAGGACGACGGCUCACCCCCUGGGGGGAGGUCAUCCCCCCUAGCCCUCCCCAGUCCCACACCCACAGAUAACGGCCCAAACCUCUGGCGCUCCCAAAUUCUCUCCAUCUGGUCAAUGAGCUCCCGAUCCCGAAUGGGCCGCAGCGUGUCCCCAGCCACCAAUGGGGUGAGUGGCCCCGAGAAGGAGGAGGGGAGAGAGAGACGGCAGUGGAGGAAAGCUGCUGGGACUGGGCCUGGGAGAUCAGGGAGAGUGAAGAAGGAGGGUGAGCAGACAGCCUUACAUCGGGCAGCCGUGGUGGGAAACAGUGACGUUAUCUCUGCCCUCAUCCAGGAAGGGUGUGCUCUGGACAGACAGGACAAGGACGGUAACACUGCUCUGCAUGAGGUCUCGUGGCACGGCUUCAGCCAGUCUGUCAAACUGCUAGUUAAGGCCGGAGCCAACGUUCACGCAAAAAACAAGGCAGGGAACACAGCCCUCCACCUUGCUUGUCAGAAUGGCCACGCUCAGAGCUCCAAGGUCCUGCUGCUGGGUGGGUCCAGACCUGACAGCAAGAACCAUGUAGGUGACACUUGUCUGCAUGUAGCGGCCCGCUACAACCAUGUGUCCAUGCUCCGCAUCCUCCUGGGAGCAUUCUGCUCCGUGGCAGAGAAGAACCAGGCUGGGGACACACCACUGCAUGUUGCAGCUGCGCUGAAUCAUAAGAAAACAGUGCGGCUUCUGCUGGAGGCAGGAACAGACAGCAGCAUCCGCAACAACGGAGGCCAGACUGCACUGGACCAGGCCAGAGAACACAACAACCCAGACGUAGCCCUUCUCCUGACCAAAGCGCCUCAGGUCCAGAGGUUUACCCGAGGCAGGAGUGUGAGGAAGAGGAGGGACAAGCUGAAGGCUGAUCGCCGAGCACAGUCUGUCCCCAGGGAUGACAUGCUGCCCAGGAAGGACAGCGCAUCUGCUGCUGACGACACCCCUAGCAGUGACCGCGUCGCCCACAAACAUGAGGUGAUUGAGGCGAGCAAGAGCACAGACAGGGAGCUCAGAGAGAAGGUGAAAUAUGUCAUUAAUAUUAAACACGUGGAACAUGUGACGAGCUGUGCUGUCGUGCCAUUGCAGCCAUCGCUCUCAGAACCCCUCCGUCGUAGAGAGAACAAACAUGGAGAGAAGAGGCGGGGCAAACUGCGAGGCUCCUCCCCCCAGCCCCCACUCCCCCCACACAACUACAAGGCCUAUCAGCUGUACACUCUGUACCGAGGCAAGGAUGGCAAGGUCAUGCAGGCCCCUAUCAACGGCUGUCGCUGUGAGCCUCUGAUCAACAAGCUGGAGAACCAGCUGGAGGCCACCAAGGAGGAGAUGAAGACGGAGAUCCACACGGUGCAGGACCUGAUGAACAACAAGAUGGGACAGCUGGACCGCAAGAACAAACAUCAGAUCCGUGCUCUGGAUAAGAUGACAGUAGAGAGGGUGUCAGCGGAGAGGACGGAGUGCCAACACAGGAUCAACCAGAGAGCCACGCAGGAAAGACAGGAGGGGGAAAAGAGACAGCAGGCAUCAGUGGUGAACGAGCUGAAGAACUGGUGCAUGGCCAAGCUCCAGAACAUCGAGGUGCGCUUAGCAGGAGACCCCUGCAACACCAAGCUGCGCCGUUCCUCGUCCAUGUCUGAGGGCCUGUGUGAGGUGGACCCUGGGGGCCUCACCGUGCUGCCUGCUGGGGGGCCUGGGGACAGCGCCCAGUGUCUGGCCCCCCACAUCACUGACAUCACCGAGGGAGACCGCAACACCGCCGCCACAGAGGACCCCUCAGCCAACCACUGCUUUGCUGUUCAGGUGGACAGCUCUCCAGACAGUGAUAAACAUCCCAAGCAAGCGGAGAUCUCCUCCCCAACUACUGCCAAGUUCCUGUCACAGUCUCCCCAAGUAGUGCGACCCAAGGAGCGCUUGCUAGGUGCUACUGAACAUCGGAGGCCGUAUCAGGAACUGCAGGACGUGGCGCUGCUGGAGUUGGGACCGAGCAGCAGAAGCAACAACAACCGGGCCAGCAGUCUGUCCCCAGCGACAGAGCGCCACUGCAGCAGCAGACAGGACAAGGACCGCAACAGGGAAAGGGACCGGGAGCGGGGCAGGGACAAGGGCAAGCACCACAAGAGGCACUCCCAGGGCAGGACUAAGGCCAAGGGGGCCACGGUGGGGCAGGCCGAGGGGACUCAGACUCUGGAGGUGUUUGAGGAAAGAGCCGUGGAGAGAGACGGGGGGGAGAGCUCCUUUGCCCAGGAAAGGGAGAACAUGCACGCCCUGGAGGUGACACAGUACUUCUUUGAGGCGGUGUCGACCCAGAUGGAACACUGGUAUGAGAGGAAGAUCCAGGAGGCCAGGUGGCAGGCGGACCAGAGGGCCCAGGCAGACAGGGCUGCCCUGCUGGAGAGGAUCACCUACCUGGAGGACGAGCUACGCAUGCUCAGGACUAACAGGCACGACGACAGCUAACACAGACAUACCACUACAGAGUUUAAAGCAGUGGAGGCUGCUGAGGGGAGGACGGGACGGCUCAUAAUAAUGGCUGGAAUAGAGCGAAUGGAAUGGUAUACUUAUUCCACUCCAUUACCACAAGCCCAUCCUCCCCAAUUAAGGUGCCACCAACCUCCUGUGGUUUAGAGUUACACCUUCAGAAUGGCAAAAACCAUCUGAGGUCAUUACAGAUGGCAACCUGGAUCUAGUGGAUCCACUAGUAGACUUGACCAUAAAUUGGCCAUACAUUUGUCAUUGACCAUGCACAUUCUCUACAGAAUUUCAUACUUAUAUCUAAUAAUGUCAUGCAACAGUAGAAAAUAAUCCAUUUGUAAUGGUGACUUAUAAAUGAGAAAUGUUAUGGCAUGCCAGACAAUUCAGUAUAAUGUUGUCUUGUUAAUCAUGUGUUUUGUUGUAUACACCUGGGCAGCUCCUGUGUGUUGUGCUUUGUAAAACCCCCAGUAAAUGUACUGCUGGUUACAAUGGAUCUGUCACAGUGCCAUUAUUGAACUGGAACACCUACACAUAUUGGCACAUUGAUAGCUUGUCCUCAACAUGCCAAUACUCCAGUGCUUUUUAUCCUGUGACGCGAAAGCCUGUUAUGAGAAUGAUUCUGGGGGUUUGUGGAAAAUGUGGGUCAUUUUUAGUGACAUUGUAAAAAACAAAAUUCAAUGAGAGAGUAGAGGAAAACGAGAGCAGACAGCUUCAGGAAUAGUUUUGAAUUAGCCAGGAUGCUUAACAUAUCAGUAGAAUAAACUACUGCAAGCUUUCAUAUGUGACUUACAAGGGCAACAGAGCUCACAAGAAUACAGCCAAACUGAAAAUGUCUUAACUGAAGAGAAGUUGUGCUUUCAUAACUUUAGUACUCAUCCACUUCUGCUCCAGCCCACUAUUUCUUUGAUGGUAAAAACUCCAUAACACCCCAAUGUUUAUCCUCAGCACUAAAAUUAGUUACUGUUAGGAAGACCAUGUUGGCAUGAUGAAAAGUCAAAUAGACUACUGUAAAUGUGUUACCGUGCUCAUAGGUGACACUUGUUCUGUUCAUGUGAGGUUGUUGUACAUUGAUGUCUCUGCUGAUAUGAACAUACAUUCUGUCUAAUGAAGUCAGAUGAUGUCAAGUGUAUUUUGUAAAAAACUAAAGAGAAACUACAAAAAUGGCACGUCUGUUUUAUAUUCAAGAGGUAGACGCUAAGAGCUACCCAAGAGCAGCCCAACAUGAGCCCUGGAAUACUAGUUAUAACCCAUAAAUAAAUCCUUACCUAUGGUGUUAUUUCA